AUGCGGGUGUGUGCCGCACACGCCCACUACCGCCGGUGCCCGGCCAUCGACAGGGAUGAUGUGUUACAGGCGGCACGACUACUACUGCCCGGCAUCGAUUGUCCCACUCGUCCCCUGCACUACGCCUCCAGCGCCGGCGGCGGCGGCGAAGAGUGGCUGUAUUGGCGCAAAGACUUGGACGCAUCCGAGUGCGCCCGACGGCUCAAAGUAGACCUGGCCUUCCGUAUGUUGAGCUCCGGGAGGGGCGAUAUACUGACCACAGCGUUGCAGUUACUGCCGGUGAAUAGUGGGCUAAAUACGGCCAACGAGGCCGGUCUGACGGCACUAAUGCACGCCUGUGUGGCCGGCGAUGGGAGACUUGUCCGGUGCCUACUGUGCGAUGGGAACGGCUGUAAUGUGAACGCCGAGACACCGGCGCCGCCGACGCAUAAGAAUAGGGACCGCUCCGGCCGAGUGGACAUCAUUCGACUAUUACUGUCAUACGGCGCCGAUCCCUACCUCAACACCGCACUCAUGGACUACUCGGGCGCCCACUGUUCCGCCUCCCGGGGCUGUCCGUCAGCCAUAGCUGUGGCCGCAAUGCACGGACAGCAACUGGCACUACGAGCCCUUCUGGCUCAGCCCACCUACGGUUGCCAUAACAACGGCAACGGCUCUGGAGAUCGGGAUGUGCUGUCAUUAGAGAAGAUGUUGGCCAAGACUCGCACCGGAAGUGUGGACACCCGGCGCCGACCGCGCAUACAAGUAGUGGCAGCCAAUCAAAGCCAGUGCAGCGUUAAUAUGGAUUUAAAAGCCUGUUCUGCACCCGUGUCGGGAGGUUCUCCUGAGGGUAAUAGUAGUAACGGUAGUAAUGGUAGCGCUGGUGGUAGUAAAGUGAUCCAAUUGACCAAGUCUAAACUCAGGGCACUUCAAGAAACUAUGUAUCACUCGGCAGAGACCGGCUGUUUGGAGAUUACUCUGGAUUUGAGAAAUAUUGGCAUCCCAUGGACAAUGCACACAUGGAUGGCAACAGUAGGCACAGCACACGGCAUGCGUUUAGACGCCAUUACCGAUCAAUUAUUACAAGACUUUUCUCACCUCUGGUCUGACGACUGUACCGUACAAUUCGUCGACGAGUGUCUGCCCCUAUUGUUCACAAUCUUCAGACACCAAAAGCAUAACUCUAACACCACAACCUUAUUAUUGGCCGAUAUAAUGAGCACGUGUUACGGCCGUAACGAGACAUUCCGGAGCCGUCCGCUAAGCGCCAGUUAUGGGCCGGACGUUAGGGUCGGCGCCCGUAUUGACGCCAAAUACGUUAAUAAUAAGGAUAUGUCUGAUUGUGUGUUCAAAGUGGAAAAUAUGCUAUUUUACGCACACAAAAUCAUCCUGGUCAACGCCAGCAAACGUUUUCAUAAUAUGCUAUCCUUGUGUGGGUCAGCACCGGGUGGUGUCGAUGGACUGACCGGUGGUGUGAAUGCCGGGUCCCAACAGUCUGUGCACAAUAGCCCCACGCAUUCGGCGAUUGUUAUUAACGAUAUACGUUUUGAUAUAUUUCAGAAAGUAAUGCAAUUCCUAUACAACGGAGGGUUUGAAACGGACACAGAUGUGGACCAAAACGAUAUAUUGGAGUUAAUGUCCGCCGCCUCGUACUUCCAAUUGGACGGUUCGGUUAGGAGUCAAACGCCCCAGAAGUCCAUUAAACCCAUACGUGAAACACCACCCAUAGUGACCAACCGUAGGACAGGGCAGGGGUGCCAAACGGCCAGUGCUGGCCAUGAAUUGCCCAUCACUAUUCACCACGAUGGCCAAUCACCAGUAUCCAAAUCGCGACAAACAACUACACACAACAUCACACCAACCACUACACCGGCUAAACAACACCAGUCCUAUAACCCCCGGCCCCCGGGGUUUCACUACCCGUCCAAAUCGACGUCAGCGCUGGACGACCAGCGCAUAUACGAUGUGGUGGACGGGGAGGAGGAGGGGGAUGACAACGACCCGGAGCCCCACCACUGGCUCACAGCCGCCGCUAAUGAGCCGGACGUCUACCUCCUGGACGGUGUCGAUCAGUACGACAUCGACGACGACCGGUGCCGACGGCCCCGACCACUGGUAACCGUUUCAAAGCUUGGGUCUAGUAGUGUGAACACUGCCUCCCCGGCCACCACAGAGUGCGGCUCACUAUCCAAGUCCUCAAGCGAUGGCACCGAUAGGCUGUCGCACAACAAGAAGAAAGUGUUGUCCAAAAUCAAGUCCCGGCGCCGGAAUAUACUGUGCUUUUCGACACCACAGCCGCAGCCGCCGUCACAACAACAAACCGGUGGGACGUGUGGUCACUCUCCACCCAAUACGGACGAGCAGUACGGCUUUCACCAGCAAUCGGCGCAUGUGCUCAGUCGGGCGGUUAGCGCCGGUUGUUUUGUUGGCGGCCCUACCGGUGCUGGCGGUGGUGGCGGUGGGGGUCGAGUACGUCAGGGCUGUUAUGGCGGCUCAUCGAGCGAUGAGAAUCGGUCAUCUGGCCACGCUAGCAUGUCCGAUAACACUAGCAACCGAUCCAGCUACCUGAGCGCCUCGUCACCCAUGGUCAAUCACUUGCCUAUUAGUGGCCAAACACCUGUUGCCGGUGAGCACCAGUACCUGAUGGCUGGCGACACAUAUCACCAGCUGAUGGCGAGUAGACACUCAACUCCCGCUACCAGUGGCAAAAAAAAUGGCGUCCGGGCCCGCAAACGGGAGUUGGCCGUAGCCACCAAUGAUAGUAUAUUUACCGGUAGAGGCGCCGGUGGCGAGUACUUGGGCGGACUCGAUAGGGUUAGGGCUGCCAUCGAGCAGAUAUCGCUCCGGACACAUGGUGGAGGUGGGGGCCACUCGACCAGCACCUACUCAUCCAACAACACCUACUCAACGGGCAGUGAGUACGAGCCGUACGUUAGGCCCCGUCUGAUACGGCACUCGUCACUGGAAACUAUUGGCACGAAUAUGACGAGCGCUGCCGGCGAUGACUUUGUAUGGGUGGACACGCAGUCGCGAUUGGUUGAGCUCCAGCACAUACCAUGGGAUGGUCACGACGUGUUGCGAUUGGUCCAGGAGGGCCGGCUCAGACACCAACUGUCCUGGAUCAGUAUGGAGUGUGUGCCCCGACUGUCCUAUUUAUUGCAACGCCCAUUGGUUAGGAUUGCGUGCGAAGCACAACGGUUUGCUAAGGCUCUAGGGAUGUGCACAAAACACGAGAUCUGCGGCGCUAUACGAGUGCUAUUCGGUGCCCAACUGGCGGACACGUGCGUCAAAUCGGGACACCGGGCGGCGGCUAUAUUUGCCGUGUCGGGUGGGCCCGACACUUACAGGCAAUCCAAAUCAACCAGGGCAGGCCUACAAUUCAGUGUGGGUAAAUUUCACCGAUGGCUGUGCGACGUACGUGUGGGUCAGUUUGUGGACGAAGCGGCCGCUAUUUAUAUGGCCGGCGCUAUGGAGACCCUGUUUGAGGAGUUAAUAUUGCACUGUUUGUCCGCCACUGGCAAUGAGUGCAUACUUACCGGUGCUCUACUCGACGCCUGUAUCGCCGCUAAUAGCGACUAUUGGGGUGUUUUGCAGCCCUUCGCACAUCUGGUCGCCGGCCGUACCGCUAACGGCGCCCUAUCGUUGCCGGCGUUUCAUACGGCAGGUAUGACUGCGUCGGUCGCCGGUAGUAAAGAGGCGUUUGAAGGCACCGGUAGUACGGAUAGUAAGACCAGCGGGCAGUCCAUUAAAGGGUUGGAGCAGAAACUACUGACCACUUGCGUGGGUAGUGUUCAACAACUAGGCGAAAUAAUAGACAACGUAAGCAAAUACCGAGUGGCAAAUCCGCCGCAAACCGUAUACCGGGGCCGAAACGGGCAAAACUGGUGGUCAACACACCAGUGGUCACUCUCGGCGCUACACUCGCUAUAUUACUACAUGCGUUGCGCGCAAUUGGAGCACAACGCGUGCGCCGGCACAUCUCUAGACUCCGAGUCGGGUGGUCACCCUACCGGUCCACCACCCGGCCAGGAGCUGGUAUACGAACGACCCUACCUAGUGUUGCCACCCCUAUACGAAUGGAUGCGGGUGUGU